AUGCUAGAUGAGUGCUACUUUUACCUCAAGAAAUGUUUAAAAUUGAUAAGUGUUCCAUCAUUUUACAAAGAGAACACUGUUGCAUCAAGAAUGAGACAAAUAAAAUAAGAAUGUAAAUUGAAGUUACAACUCUGUGCUAUAUUAUCCUAGACAUAAAAUCAUACUGAAGCUCUUGAUAACUCUAAAAAAAGUGUUAAGUUAGUGCACUAGCUAUUCAAAGAUCUACUGAUACUUUGUGCUGCUUUUAUUAGAAAAAUUGAGAGCAGAGAUGCUAAAAUGAAGAAAAACAUUCAUAAUAUAAGUAAUAUGGGAGAACAUACUGAAAGAUAGUAGAUAUCUAUUCUAUCAACAUCCCCUUCUUAAUUUUAAGGAGCUGGACAAUAAAUACAUAAUACAGGCAACUUCCUCGAGGAGUCUAUCUCAAUGCUGGAGAGAACGUCAAUGAAGCUAUAUCCAAUAGUCAAGGAAGUAAUUACCAGAAUGAUUGAAGAAUCUCCACAUAUUAACUAAAACAACGAAAAGCUAGCCUCAGAGAUUGAAUAUGAAAAGAUAUUAUUGCCUGAGGAUGCUGAUAUGAGAAGUGUUCUUGGAUUCCUCAACCAAAAUGAGUGGAUUUACAAUCUCAAUAUAGGCAACAUUAUGUAAAUCUAGCCACUAUGUAUGAAAGAUUUGCUGUCUAAUAAUAGAAAUGAGACCGAACUAUCAAGAGAUUCAUUUCUUGAAAAACUUUCACUGCUAUCUGUUUCUUACUUUUGUGUUUCUACUGAGAUGAGGUUCAUUCUUCAAUCUAGAGUAGAAUUUCUAACAUCACCUAUAAAAAAGAAGAAGGAACUAGAAUCUGAGUAUUGGCAUGCUAAGGCUCUUGAAAUAGCAUGUACAUUUCUUCCGAGUGAAUGCCCACUGCUGAAUCAUAUACUACUAAGCUAUUAAAAGCAUCAUGAUCCGUCUUAGCAGCCAAUUAAAGAGGAUUAAGAACAAAAUGAUAUCCUAGAUAUUCUUAGACCUCUAAAAGGUAUAGAAUCAAAUAAAUAUUAGCCAAUUAUAAGAUAAAUUCAAAACAUAAAGGUAGCAAUCAGUCCUUGUCAAAUGAGUCCUCUAACUAGAAGAAUAUUCAAAAACUAGCCAAACCUUACUACUGACAAAAAGAGUCAACCACAUUAAGUAAAAAAUUAACAAGAAUAGAAGCAAGAAGAUAAUCUUGAUAUUUAAGGUAUUAUCAAUGCUGCAGCUAUUAGUGAAUCUAAAAUGGCUGAAAGUCCAUCAGUUAAAGAAGAGAGUAUCAUAAAAGAGGAAAAUAGUCAAGAAAAAGAGUCAUAGAAAAUUCUGAAUAGUAUGUAAAAGCUUCAAAUAAACCUCUAUUCAGAGGAGUAUUAUGAUAUGAUGGUUUAGAAAAUAAUAGAAGAUCCCUAGCUGGACAAGAAAUAAUUGGUGUCUAAACUACUAUCAAAGAUAUAGUCAGAUGACUAUUCUUUCAUUAGAAAGCAACUCCAUGUUAACGAUAACGAUCAAGUGAAUUUCGAUGAUGGAGAGGACGAGGAUAUCAGCAAGUCUUUUGACGUCAUUCAUACUUUGCAGAGCCAGAAAUUAUUAGAAAACCCUGAUGAAUCUUCUCUUCAUCAAAUAUGGAAUGAACAUUAAAAGUAGAGAAAAUCAGUUUAAUCGAAUCUUCAUGGAAACUAGAAUUUAAAAGAAAGCAAGAAAAUUAAGAAGCGUAAAGACCCAAGAAUUCAAAAAAUGAUGAGCUAUCUGGAAGGAGAUUCACUUUUAAGAGAAAUUGAAAAGUCUUUGGAAAGAGACAUUGACUUGGAUUAUGAAAUUGAAGAUGACGAUGAUGAGGAGGAUAUCACCGAUGAAGCUUUUUAUUAAAUAGUUGAUAUGGAUGACUCUGACAAGAUUGAAAAGGAAAAGGUUGAGGAGGGAGAUGAAUUUGACCCGAAUAAGUAGAUGGAACGACUGUCAAAUGGCUUUACUCAUCUGAAUUUGUCGUCAAAUCAUAACUCUAAAGAAAAAUCUAAAUCGUUCAGUAGACCUUCAUCAUCUUUUACUAACUAGACAACUACAUCUUAAGUAAGAAAGGGUAAAAGAAAUAACAUCAAAAAGCUAAAUACUUUAAAUAAAAACUAGCAAACGAAAAAUUCAAAUGGCAGAUACUCUAAGCAGCUAUAAAAUUUCUCACCGUCAGAUAGAAGUCAAUCAAGUGAAAAUUUAUUUUCCCAUCCAAUGAUCAAUAAUUUUUUAAGUCAGUAAUAGCCAGAAAAGAGCUUGCAAGCUAAAUCCAUAUCAAAGGUGGAUAAAGACAAAUAGCAAAAGAAAUAAACGAAAAAGCCAAAAUAAAAAUUAUCUCAAACUAGAAAGGAUCGAUCUUAAAGCAAAACCGCAAGUAAUGUCAGAACUUCAAUAGUAGGGAACACAAGAGAAGCAGCUAAAUCUUAGUAGAAUUUCAAUACAAACAAGAGCAAAGAUAGGAAUUAGAAAUCGUAGACGAAGGGAAAGAAAUCUAGGUCAUCAAGCAAUGAAAGAUUUCAGGCAUCAGAGGCGAGAAAAAGAAUUACCAAAAAUAGAGAUAGAUCUGCAGAUGAUGAUCUAUCAGCAAUUAAAAAUUCAAGUUAAGUUCCUCUUCUUACUCAGCCAUCUGAUAAUAUUGCUCACAAUUAUUCCUUUGAUAUUGCUAUUCCGACAAGCUAGAAAAACACAGAUGUAUAAGAAAGAAAUUAGUCGCUAAGUAACUUGCAAAAAAGAGUUUUGGAGAAUUAAAAGUUACUUUUAAUGCUUAAGAAGAAUAAUGUAGAUAGUGGAAUGAGAUAAACGAAAAAGAGGUAAUCAUUUAGCAAUCUAAGGCAAAACGAUAUCCUCAAUCAGCUAUCAUCAUUUUAAGCCAUGAACAACUAAAAUAUCUAAGAUUAAUAGAAAAUAAAAAAGAGUGGAUCUUAAACUAGAAGUAAGAGCACAAAAAUGGGCAAAAUAGCAGCUAAAAAUCAUAACUCUUCUAUAAAGAUUAGUCACUAGCAGUCAGUUGAUUAGUCUUUCACGCAUGGAGCUAGACUUAGAAUACCAUAACCCUAAAUUCUCAAGAUUUCUUAAAAGAAAGAUAUGGUAAAUCAUUUCAUAAAUAAUAAGCAAAAUAAUAAGGAAAAUAUCAUUACUCAGCAAUAGCAUCAUUCUGAUUCAAUGUAGAUGAAAAUGCCAAGCUCAAAGAAAAUCAGCAGAAAGAGUGUGGUAAACGGUGUGUCAAAUGCUAUUAUAGGAGAUAGAUCAAAGCUUUCAAAAGAACUGGAGAACUUAAAACAUAAAAUGAAAGAGCACUUUAGAUUCUUUGAUAAUCACAGUCCUCAACUCAAGAAAAGAAAAUAGGGUGGAUCACACUCACCACCAAAAAAAAGUAAUUCUAAUACUAGAUAGCCCAAGAACAAUAAAGCUGAAACGAAAAUUGUGCCAAAAGGAUCAAGAGCAGGUUAACAGUAUAUAUUUGCAACGACAGAUAAUAGAAGAUAGCAAUCAAAGAAGAGAAUCAGCUAGAUUGUCUCUACUGAUAAUCAUCACACAAAUAACGAUGCCCUCAAUGAUGAUUCCACUUGGCUUCCAAAUGAUCAUAGCUUUGAUUAAUUUAUCAAGCAAACCCUAACUGGAGGGGGCCAAAUUUAGAGUCAUUAAGAUUUGAGAAGAAGUAGCUUCAGUAAAGUUCAAAACAAAAGUAUCGAAGGAAACAAUGAUGCGGAUAGACUUAGUUUAUAGCAGAUGUUCAAUUAAGUCUAGCGUAGCUCAAUCGUCAAGGGCAAUCAGAAGAAAAUUAUAUGA